AUGGAGAAUUCUGAAGUUAGUGGUGAUACUGAGAACAAUAGCAGUGUUGUUAGUUUGGUUCCUUGGAUGGAGAAGUGUGUAAUUAGUGGUAAUACUAGAAGAAAUGUUGCUGUUGAUGAUGAAGUUAUAAUAAAAUGUGAGAUACUGAGCAGACUACCUGUUAAGUCACUUAUGCGUUUCAAAUGCGUAUCUAAAACUUGGCUGUCACUAAUCGAAGAUGAUCCAUACUUUGCUGAUUUACAUUUUGAGCGCUCAAAAGCACGCCCAGCACUCCUUUUGGUGAUUCCACUGCCAAGUUAUGAUCCAGAUAACCUGUUCAGGAUUAGCAAUGAGUUAGUUUUAACUGCUAAUCUAAGUAGAGAUAGAAGCAGAGCAGAAAUAUGCAGUAUACUGAAGACAGAAUCAUUUUGCUGCGCCGAGAUUCGCGGACCUGCAAAUGGUUUGGUCUGUUGUGUUGACAGAUUAAGGUCUCAUGCUCGCAUAUACAACAUCAGCACUAGAGAGGUCAUGUGUGUUGAAUCAACAUUUAUGCCAAAGGUAUGCUUAUCUUUUGGCAUGACAGGUUGGUAUGGAUAUGAAAUUGGAUUUGAUUCGGUCAGUAAAAAACACAAAGUAUUGUGUGCUUGUCGUAAGAAUGAGCAACCGGGACAGAAACACCUUGGUGAUAAACAGAUAGUUUGCGAGGUCUUGACUGUAGGAGAUAAUGAAUGGAGAAGGAUUGAUGAGGUCCCGCUUUGUGAUUUUAACCUCUUUCUUUCUGUUUAUGUGAACGGGUUUAUAUAUUAUUGCACCUCUAAGUUUGCGAGUGGCCAUUGGGAUAAUGGUGAUGCUGUCUUAGUUGCGUUUGAUGUCAGUAAUGAGAAGUUCAGAGUGAUUACAAUCCCUAAUCUCAUCCUCAAUAACCAGUCUUCUACUCGUUAUUAUCGACGUGUCAACCUAUUAGAAGUGGAUGGGCACGCAGCUAUAGCUUGUGAAGAGACUGAUUGUGUUGUCAAACUUUGGGUAUACGAAGAAUAUAAUGAGUAUGAUAGCAAGUGGAAGAAGACUAAAACUAGAAUUUCUUGUAAUCUUGAGGAGAACUGGACUGAAGAUACUAUCACAUUACCUUCUCCUUGGGACUAUGAUCUAAGUUGGGAUUUCUAUACUGGUGCGGGAAUGCACCAAUUACUCAUACGAUCUGUUCAAUGGUUAGAUAGAGGAAUAAACUAUGCCACUUUUUAUUCUUACGACCUGAAGAAGAAGACGUUCACCGAAAUUGAAGUCAGUGGAAUGCCCUCUUCUAUUCCAAAUGGCCGUCGUAUUCAGUUGGCUUCAACUUAUGUAGAGAGCCUUUUUCCCAUUCAGAAGCGGAUUAUUAGCAGUGAGACUCCUCACUCAAAUAUUCAACAAGGGGUCGAGUGA